AGACAAAGUUUCCAAAUCAGUAGCUGUGAAAACCUAUAUAUCAGAAGGUUUCCUAUUAACCAGUUCCUGCCAGUGCCAGUGGUGGCAGGCUGCAACGGCUGUAGCGCCGCACUGUUGCUGAACGCCGAGCCUCCGACGUAAUCAGCCAACGGCGAGACCCCAAUUCUUAUGCGUGGCAGCAGCUACGCGACGAUGGCGGCCGCACACGCGGUGUGGUCCUGCCGGGAGCUCGUCGACGAGAUCCUCAACCACCUAGCACCAUUGACGAAGGAAGACAUCAAGCAGACCGCGAAAGGUUUCCAAUCUCGUCUGAGAUUGUCUCGGUCUCAAUGCAUGAAAACGCUCGCCCGCCUCUGCCGGACUUGCAAGACCUUGUCGGAGCCGGCCACAGCGGUGCUCUGGAGACGGCUCAACAAACUCGAUCCGUUCAUGCGCCUCUUCUCACAGGUGCAAAAGCAAAUGGACGCUGGGAGAAGGUCCGAAAAGUUUGUCCUGCACGAAGCGAUUCCGGACGCCGAGUGGGCACGGUUUCAACACUAUGCGCAGCACUUGCGGGAGCUAUACGAUGGCGGAGACCCGCGUCGUCAUAUCUACCCUCGGGCCACCUGGACUCAGCUGGGUGCCAGAGCCGACGGGCGGCCUCUUUUCCCGCGACUGCGAUGCCUGUGGUCUCUUCAAGUGGACUCGGCAGGAAUUCUCGAGCUUCCGCUGCUCUCUCCAUCCGUCCGCAACCUUUCCGUCGUCAUCCAGGACCACACCGUGCACCACGAGCCUGAGCUCAUACAACGUGCACUGCAAACGGUCCGCCAGACGGUCCUGCACCUCGAGCAUCUCAGCCUGAAGUGCGACGAGGGGAACGCCUUCAGAGGGCUCUCCACCGCCGCAAGCUCUUUCCUCACGUUCAAGGAUGUACGGAGCCUCGUCCUGGACGGGAACCUCACCGUCGACCGCGCCAUCUUCGCGGGAUUCUGCCAGUUCACAGCCCUGGAGCACCUCUCUGUCACUCUGUACAUCACCGAUGGGGAACGUGGCCCGCUCGACUUCGGUAGCUUUCCUUCGCUCCGGAAAGCCUGCAUACGCGGUCCCCCCGACGAUCUUGCGCGGUUUUUCGCCGGGGUGUCGCUUCCCGCACUCCGGAAGCUCUCGCUCGACUUCUCGACGGACCCGGCUGAGGCCGUCCUCCUCGCGUCCGUGGCGUCCAUAUUUGACGCAGUCCCGAGCGGCAUCACACAUCUCGAGAUCAAGCGGCUGCGCCGCGCACGCUGGUUUGUGCCGCGCUCGGACGAAGAGCGGAGGCCUCGUCCCCACACACUCAUGCCCAUCAUCAAGCCGGCCAUGCGGCUGCGCGCGCUGGCGCGCGUCUCGAUCGACUUCACGUUCGUCCCGUCCGUCACCGACGCGGACAUCGCGCGCAUGCUCGAGGCCUGGCCGGCGCUCACGGAGCUCGCCAUCCACUAUGGCGGCCGCGGCGACGACGACUUUGAGCUGGGGCGCCCGACCGCCGCCACCCUGCUCGCCGUGGCCACGCGCAGUCCCAAGCUCGUGUCGCUCACGCUCCCAGACACGGACCUGCGCAACGCGGGCAGCGUGUUGCCCGCGCUGCCGUUCCCCGAGCACGGCCUCGAGACGCUCUUUUUGGGCUCGGGCAUCAGAAUCAAGCGGGACGAGCAGUUCCUCCGUGCGGCGCUGCUCAUCGACCGCCUGUUUCCGUACCUGCGGCUCCCGGAGGACCCGAUGGUGUACUCGGAGCACUACGGAGAGCUGGAAAGGUACCUGAAGGCGAUGCAGGCGGGGCGCGUGCAUGCUGCGUUCGCUGACGAGCUGGAGCCCGGCUCGUGCGUGGAGAUGUACCACCUCACACCAAAACACACGUACACUAUCCAUGAACGAGUGGGCGACGGAGUUAUUAGAGAGACGGAGCCUUACUCUCGGAACAGCACGCCCGAUGAGAGCAUAUGGGACUGGUGAGAUGCCGUGCCGGCACCAAAUGAUAGAGUUGCAACGGCCACAUCCCCCCGGACGUGGGCUGCCUGCAGUGCAUUCGUCUAGUACGACCCAGGAUAUCGCAUUCGAAAC